AUGGCCAAUACCUCGGAUGAAGAGGCUGAUUCGCGCACGGCUCUGGUGGGCGCACCGCGCCCUCGGCCAAAGGCGCGUUCCACGUCGCGUUCCACAUCGCAUGACAGCAACUCGCGCCCUAGCAAAAGACAACGGAGAUACAGGAAUAAGGAGUCAGACCUAGCAGACUUUGUACCCCGGGGUGGUGCUUUUACCGCCAAUUCCUUGCCCGUGGACCCAGAGAGCACCUCAAGCUCCGGGUCUAGUUCAAGCUCAAAUGAGUCUUCUGACUCCGAUGAUGACUCCGAUCCUGCCGCCGCAAACCCUCACGCUGGAAACACCGCGCCUGCUAUUAGUUGGAAUCAGGGUCGGAAAGCCGCAGUGCGGACAACACUGGGAAAGCGAUCGAUGCCAACAAAGGAGGAGGUUCCAACAAAGCAGAACACCGCGCAAUUUGAAGCCGUCAAUGACCGAUAUUGGCGCAGCCGCAGCGGGUCUGCAUCUUCGGCCGAUGGUGGAGACAAGCCCUCAGCAAAGGAGCCUUCGCAAGAAAAUGAAUUAGAAGAAGGAGAGGUUGACUCCAGGAGUGAAUCAGACUAUUCAGACUCCCUUGGUUCUGAAGCCGAUGACUCCAUAUUGUUGAAUAUUGGAGAAAAGAUAGACAUGGAUGGUGCGAAUGACUACAAUCCUGCCGAUCUGGCCCAACAGCAUCGGAUCGACAAUACAGUCUCACAAGCGACAGGCUCGGGAUUGAAAGAGGAGGCAUUCCGAAUUUUCUCGAUCAAGUACCCCAACGCACCCACCGCUUUGGUGGACCUCACUCAGGAAGACCUGGAAAUAUUGGCCAAAUAUGUGUACUUCAACCGCAAUAUCCAUGAUCUCGACCUCAAGCUUCCCAUCACCUGUAUUGAAUGUCACAGUGAGGGUCAUCUGGCCGAUGUCUGCCCUGCAAAGGAGUGUACACACUGUGGUGCCUGGAAUGAGCACCAGAGCAGUGUCUGCCCUAGCUGGCGACAAUGCCCACGAUGUCUAGAACGAGGCCAUGACGAGCCGAGUUGCACCUCAAAGCUCCGCGAAAUCCCAGGGGAUCAGCCCUGUGGCAACUGCAACCGCAGCGGCAAUCACCUCGAAAGCCAGUGCCCCUCGCUAUGGACGUUCCCAAUCAGGGACCUGCCUUCCGAUCAAAUCACAGUAUCGAUAUCCUGUGCAGAGUGCGGCAGCUCAAAACACUUGGUAGGAGACUGCGAUAAAGAGCAUCCAGCAUUCCAGUCGUCCUCAAAAGCCUCAUUUACAUUGAACGGCAUCGACCCGGAGAUGAUCACGAACCUCAAUACACAGCAGGGUCCCAGCCGUCGCUCAAGUCCCCCGUAUCGGGGAAGCUUCUCAAGAGGGGGUCGCUCGGGGUCGCUCGCUUCUCGUGUGAGCUCCCAACAUCGUCGAUUCAGAUCGCAAUCCCCAGACGACGAGGACAUGAUGUCUCUGACAUUGGAGCUAACCGUGGUCGCGGAAAUUUCUCCGGAAACAACAGUCGCCCCCGCUCACGCUCACCCCUUUCUUCGCGUGGUUCUUUCUCUGGAGGCAGCAAUAACAAUCGCGGUCGUAACCGUUCACCCGCGCCUCCACGUGGUGGUUGGAAUGGAAACAACAAUCGCAACCGCUCGCGCUCACCCCCGCGUGGACCCCCUUCGUCAAGAGGUGGAGGUCGACGAGGGUCCCAACGUGGAGGUCCUCCACGCGGACCGCGUGGCGGCGGCGGCGGUGGUAGGGGUCGAGGUAGAGGGUGGUGAGGAGGAGGGUGGUAAGGAGGAGAUGAGUAUUGUCCAUGAAUCAUUGUCCAUCUUGACGAACACUUAUGUGCAUAGUAUUCAGCAUUUGUUUGGCGUAUCAAUACGAGUAUGA